AUGAAGUACACUCAUAUCGAGCUGAGUCCCAUAUCUAUGUUAUCGGUCAUCGCUGGUCUCACCCCGUUCUCUAACCAUAAUCAGAGUCCUCGUAACAUGUACCAGUGCCAGAUGCUUAAACAGACUAUGGCCAUACCCUAUCUCAACCAUCCUUACCGCACUGAUAACAAGGUCUAUAAGAUUACCUAUCCUCAGUUCCCUAUGGUUCGCACUACGGUCUUGAGCGAAGCGAACUUCGACGUCAAACCCGCUGGCACUAACGCUAUUGUAGCUGUCAUUGCUCAUUCUGGUUUCGAUAUGGAGGAUGCCCUUAUCAUCUCUAAGGGUAGUUAUGAUAGAGGCUUCAAGCAUGGUUCUGUGUACAAGACCAAGGUCAUCAACUGCCCCCCUAAGGGUACUGUGGGCUCCCGGCUAGCUCAGUUCCGGGCUGAUAACCACAGCGUGAAGGGGGAGAAGGUCGUGAAGGAUCUCGACUACGAUGGUAUACCGUAUAUCGGUCAGCAAGUGCACGAGGGAGAUCCCAUCUGCCGUGUGCUCAACAAGGGUACUGGUGAAGCCAAGUUGGAGAAGUAUAAGGAAGGAGAGGUCGCAUGGGUAGAGCAAGUUAAUAUGAUCGGCGGUGGUGGCUGGUGGGGAGGAGGAGCUGGUGCUAGAAACCCUGGAGGCAUCAAGGACGGCUCCGAGAGGAUGUCCAUUAAGCUUAGACUGCCAAGGAACCCUGUUGUGGGUGAUAAGUUCUCGUCUCGACAUGGUCAGAAGGGCGUUAUGGCCAUCUUGUGGCCGCAAGCUGAUAUGCCCUUCAGUACCUCUGGCAUCUCACCCGACAUUAUGUUCAAUCCUCAUGGUAUGCCCAGUCGAAUGACCAUCGGUAUGCUUAUAGAAUUCAUGGCGGGCAAGGCUGCUGCUCUCACUGGCAUGCCUGUGGUCAACGCCAACAGUUUCCGCCAGUACCGUGGUAAGGGCCUCCUUGACACUGAGCAUAACAACGAGAAGGAUCCCUAUGCUCCUGGUGAUACCACAGCUCAUGAGUACUUCGGAGAGACCUUGAAGAAGUUCGGUUAUGAAUAUCUUGGGGCGGAGGAGCUCUACUCUGGUAUGCAUGGAGAACCGUUGAAGACUCAUAUUUACAUGGGCGUUGUGUAUUAUCAGAGAUUGAGGCAUAUGGUUCUCGAUAAGUUCCAGGUCCGUGCUACGGGUCCCAUCGACCCUCUCACGAGACAGCCCGUGAAGGGUCGUAAGAAGCAUGGUGGUGUGCGGUUCGGCGAGAUGGAACGUGAUUCAUUGAUUUCUCAUGGAACAUCUGCCCUUCUCGCUGAUCGUCUGCUCAAGUGCUCUGAUGCUUGCGAGGACUGGGUGUGCCCCGAAUGUGGAUCCAUCCUUUCCUAUGCUCAUUCACCUGAGACUGUUAAGCGAUAUAGCGGCAGAGAAGCAGCCGCCCAAGCGCCGAUCUGCCGAGCUUGCUCAACGGAAAGAGUACGUCCUCGACGAGUGUAUUCCUCUGCCGUAUGCGUUAUUCCCCUUUCAGGUAAUUGA